GAGGAAGUCAGGAAGCUGCCUGUUUGUGACAGCCGUAUCAAAGAAAAGCACUGUUAAAAAAAAGGCCCGGACUUGAGCUUGAACUCUCGUCCUUCUCAGUUAUAACUCGACUCCCAAAACCGCCGCCGACAUGUCAAAGAACACUGUGUAUGCCCGCUUCAGGCGACUGGACGUGGAUGAGUACGACGAGAACAAAUUUGUGGACGAGGAGGACGGAGGAGAAAACCAGCUGGGUCCCGACGAGGCAGAGGUGGACUCCCUCAUCAGACAAGGGAAUGUCAUGGAGGCUUUACAAGCAGUCCUGAAGAACCCGCCAAUCAACACAAAGAACCAGAACGUCAAGGAUCGUGCUGAGGCUUUGGUGCUGAAGGUGCUCAGCGCCUUUAAGAGCAGUGACAUUGAGAAGGGGGUGCAGUCCCUCGACAAGAACGGCGUUGACCUGCUGAUGAAAUAUAUCUACAAGGGCUUCGAGAAGCCGUCAGAAAACAGCAGCGCGGUCUUACUGCAGUGGCAUGAAAAGGCCCUGGCAGCUGGAGGAGUGGGCAGCAUCGUCAGGGUACUAACAGCAAGGAAGACGGUCUAAAAGAGGAGCGGGGUAUCAGUUUACUCCGCAUCACUGACACAUACAGGACACUGUUCAUGUAAUCAUAACAGAUGGCAUAGGGACUAAAGGAAAAAACUGAUUUUCACCCCAAUGUGAUCCUGCUGUGUUCAAGGCUAAAAAAAA